UUAUUUGGUCUUAAAUUGCAUUUACAGAUCACAAACAAUCUUACAUGGUCUUAAACCACGAAGAUGACCAUUACUGGACUCACUUCCAAUUUUAAAACUUAAAAGUUGUUAUGCAUUUGUCUCCCCUCAUGUUCUCCGAUUGCGAGCAGGGCUAAUCCUUGAAACUGGAUGUUGUGAGCAGAGGUAUCCUCCAUUGUAGCAUGUUUUCAAAGGCAUGUAUGUCUGCACCUGUUUGCCUCUUGGUGGCCAUUCUGGUGAGAUUUGGCCUGAUGUUGUAUGGAGAGUGGCAGGAUAGGACCAUGCUAGUCAAGUAUACAGAUGUGGAUUAUUAUGUUUUCACCGAUGCUGCAAGGCACAUUAUUGAGGGAAGAUCUCCAUAUGAUAGAGCUACCUACAGGUAUACCCCCUUCCUUGCAAUAUUGCUGACACCCAAUAUAUAUUUGACAGUCUUUUUUGGAAAGCUCAUCUUUAUACUAUGUGAUGUACUCACAGGCUGGCUCCUAUAUAAAAUAUUGCAGGCCCAAGGAGUGGAUGGCCAAAAAGCAUUGUGGUUUUCAUUACUUUGGCUAUUCAAUCCUCUGCCUAUGACGGUAUCAAGUCGGGGGAAUGCAGAGUCCAUUAUGACAACACUGGUACUAAGCACAAUAUACACACUUAUGAAGAAACAGUAUGUGUUGUCUUCCAUACUGUAUGCUGUAUCGGUGCAUGUCAAGAUAUACCCUGUUACCUAUGCACUGCCCAUUUAUCUGUUGCUCAAUAGAGAUUAUCUUCAAAAGAAAACUGCAAGAAAGGACCAAAGAAGGCGGACAGAUUUUUAUGAGCUCAUUAUUCCCAAUGCAGCAAGGAUCACAUAUUUUGUGAUAGCAGGAAGUGUGUUUGUUGCUUUAACUGGAGUGUGUUACUUUUGGUAUGGCAACAAGUUUCUUUACGAGACCUACUUAUACCACAUUACAAGGAGAGACAUCCGUCACAACUUCUCAGUGUAUUUCUACAUGCUGUACUUACUAGAAGAAUCCAGCUACUCCUUCUAUUUAGGACUGGGUGUGUUCUUGCCACAGAUGUUGUUACUGCUACUGGUCUCAUGGAAGAUGUACCACAAUCUGCCACUUUGCUGCUUUGUCCACACUUUUGUUUUUGUGACAUUUAAUAAGGUGGUGACUUCUCAGUACUUCUUGUGGUAUGGUUCCUUGCUGCCUCUGGUAAUACCCCAUUUAACCAUGAAGAAAACCACAGGUGCUGGACUGGUCAUUGCUUGGUUUGCUGGACAGGCAUUGUGGCUGACACCAGCCUAUUAUUUGGAGUUCCAGGGAGUGCCGACAUUUCUUUACAUCUGGCUUGCUGGCCUGGUUUUCUUCACAGUCAACAUAGUGAUACUGCAGCAGAUAAUCUUGGCAAAUAAAAGGACUAAUGAUCAGCUUGAAUAUUACAAGCCAGAUUGAAAGGCGCUCUCUUAGUAUGAAGCAGUAUAUACAGUGGAAACGACCAAAUAAGUGGAUCCCACUGGAACCACUGUGGCCUCCCAGUGUCCAAAACGCUGCAGCUGUGUGAAUGGAAUACUCCACAACUACAGGUUGCUAGCGUUUUAGGACCUGUGUUGAAUGGCCCAUAUUGUGACACUUCAAAUAUAGCCGAGCUGAAUAAAUUACGUAUUUUAAACAUAAACAGGAGUAAAAUUGUCCUUGCCAGGUGCAAACUAGAUAACAACUAUGGUGAAGACACAAUCUUUUCAAUGGGGAAAAAAUUUAAAUUUUUCAGACUCAGAUUUUCUUUAUCAUUAAAAAUUAUAUCUCUGAUAAGCAGUUGUGGUGCUUUUUAUGUGUAACUUAGAACCAUAGUGUAGCCUGCUUUUCAAUUUUGUUGCAAUCACUCAGUAGCCAUGUUCUAAUCUUGAGAAUUAUCACUAAAAAAAAAA